AGAGCACGCACAGCCGAUUUUUUGUUGAAAAAACAAAAUAAAAAAAGGGAGUCCACAUAGUUUUCGUUCCCGUUGAGUCGAGCAAUCUCAGUUUUGUGGCGCUAUGGUGGAGAAAACCAAAACACUUCAGUUGCUGCUAAUGGCUCGCUCCGUUUUGGCGAUCAUCUAUAAUGACCACUUCUGCUGGACCUUCAUAAAGAGCUAUGGACUCUUCUCGCUGGCGAUUCCGCUGGCCAAGUACUUCGAUGGCUUCCAAGUGUUGCUCACCGGUGGCGUGUAAUUUUGAGCCAAUUCUACAUAAAUUAAAUGUCUGUUGAUCAAGGUAAACGU